AAUGUGUACACAUAACAAUCAUACAUCAUUUUGCUGUUUUUCAGUUCUCAGAUCGGGCUUGUUGAUAUUUAUUGAAAUGCAGUUGAACGAAACUACACCCAACAUAGACUUCAAAAAAAAUCUUUGGAAUUUAACAACACAUUUAAUUAUUUUUAACCGACCACCAGGACCCCCGGGAAAGCGAGGAAAACGGGGGAAAAAGGGAGACUCAGGAGACAUUGGAAGUCCUGGUGCUUCCGGGCCAGCUGGCAAAAAUGGUUUUCCGGGCCCAAUUGGAUUGGAUGGACCAAAAGGUGAACCUGGAAGGCAAGGUGAUAAAGGACAGAAAGGUGACGGUGGAGUGAGUCAGGGAAUUGACGUCUUCUCAACAGUUAAGGGACUUAAAAGAUCAAUUACAACACUACGAGGUGGUUCAUUAGGAUAUGCUGAAAUAGUCGCUGUUAAGGUUUUUGAAGCUUUUAUUUCGGGUAUUUGCAUCGACAAUCCUAGUGUAAAAUAUUAUGAAAGUCCUAUUGGGCCAGCAGGAAUUCCAGGACACGACGGACGACCAGGAGUUCAGGGUGAAGAAGGUGGACCAGGACAAACUGGCCCACCGGGACCACAAGGAGAGAAAGGAGAUAUUGGUCCAAUUGGAGAGCCUGGUCCUAAGGGAGAUCCCGGCGAUAAAGGCGAUCGAGGCUACACAACGACACUAAACAGCGAUCAGUUCCCUACAGGAAUUAUUGAAGGUCCACCAGGUCCACCUGGCCCAGCUGGUCCACCUGGUCAAAAAGGCGAAGCAGGUCCCCAAGGCGAGAAAGGUCCACGUGGAAAACGAGGCAAAAAACUUGGAAACAAAGACGAUGACUACGACGAAUCUCCUGCACCACUGACGAUGCGAGGGCCUCCAGGUGAACCUGGUAAAGAUGGACGUGAUGGAAAAGAUGGAAUGCCAGGACUGAAAGGUGACAAAGGAGAUAUCGGAGCUUCUGGUUCAUUAGGUCCAAGAGGACUCGAUGGUAUGCCAGGAGAACCAGGAAUUGAAGGUCCACCUGGGUUACCAGGACAACAAGGACCAUCCGGAGACAAAGGAGAUAGCGGUGAUAUUGGACCACCAGGUUUGAUGGGCCCACCAGGUUUGCCAGGCCCCCCUGGAUAUCCUGGUUCAAAAGGAGACAAAGGUGAUAGAGGUGAUUCGAAAUAUCGUAAAAUGCGAAGGCGACAAGACGAACAUGGAAUGUCUGAUUCACCAUACUUAGUCCCAGAUAUCUCUGUAGGACUUCCCGGACCGCCAGGACCUCAAGGACCACCAGGACGACCAGGACCGAUAGGAUUUUUGGGCCCACGUGGUAAUGAUGGCAAGAAAGGUGACCGUGGAUAUAAGGGAGAACCUGGACCAAUGGGAUUGCCUGGUCCAAUGGGAUUCAGAGGUGACAGCGGUAAUACUGGGCCCGUGGGAAAACCUGGAUAUCCUAAAAUCGAAGCUUUCAGUUCAAAACUUACUACCCAAUGUUGUAUAAAAAAUAAAAAGAUAACAAAAAGUCAGAUUGCUUUCCAUUUAAUGGUGAAGACAAAUGGAAGCGAAUUUAAGACGUUUCUGUCAGGACCACCGGGAUUGGAUGGAAUGAAAGGUGCCCAAGGCGAAACAGGAAUGAAAGGGGAAAGAGGCGAUCCAGGCUUACCAGGUACUGAUGGGAUACCAGGACAAGAAGGACCUCGAGGUGAAAAGGGUGGCAAAGGCGAAGCAGGCCCAUCUGGAAAACGUGGUCGAAAAGGUGACCGAGGCGAAAAAGGUGAACAAGGAGUUCCAGGAUUAGAUGCACCAUGUCCAUUAGGUUCUGAUGGUUUACCGCUCCCUGGUUGCGGUUGGAGACCACCAAAAGAACCUGUUAUUCACACACCACCGCACAAAGACUAUUUGCCUGAUAUAACUCAAACAGAGAAUGAGAGUGAUUAUCGAGAGGAAGAUGAAGGUCCCGGUGGGCCGGAAGAUUACGAAGACGAUUAUCAUGAAAAUGGAAUGCAAGACAGGAAAAAAUAAACAUCACAAUGAAAGUUAUUUUGGUACAAUGGAAGAAGAUUUUAAGAAUAAUUCUGAGCUAUAUUUUUGUCGCUGACAAAAAAUGAAUUGAAUUUAUGAAGUAGAUUUUUUAUUACUUUUUCUAAAUAUAACAAGAGAAGAGAAAUUUUAUUACCCGAAUUCGCAUUAAAUUUAAAAGCGUUCUAUUCAUACUUUCUCAUGUUUUCUCUUUAUACAUUCAAAUGGCUUGU